CGGACUUUUCACUCUUUAACCGGUCAAUCGGUCAUGGCGACUUGGGCUAACGGAGUCCGAGCCGUGUUGCUGGAUAUUAGCGGCGUCUUGUAUGACAGCGGCGGAGCUGCCGGGGGUACCGUGAUCCCGGGCUCCAUAGAAGCAGUAAACAGGAUAAGGCACUCUGGACUGAAAUUACGUUUUUGCACGAAUGAGUCCCAAGCCACACGCUCUCAUUUUGUCCGGAAACUUCAAAGGUUUGGUUUUACGAUAUCUGAAGACGAAGUAACCGCACCAGGUCCCGCAGCACGAAAUCUUCUGAAGGAACGUGGAUUGCGUCCUCACUUGUUGGUACAUGAUGACCUGCUGCCUGAGUUUGACUCAGUCGAUAUAUCCGAACCCAAUUGUGUCAUUAUUGGAGAUGCUGCUGAAAACUUUUCUUAUCAGAACCUGAACCGUGCCUUCCAGGCGUUACUGAACAUGGAGAAACCGAUCCUCAUAUCACUAGGAAAGGGGCGUUAUUAUAAGGAAACAGACGGCUUGAAGUUAGACGUUGGGGCGUAUAUGAAGGCACUAGAGUAUGCCUGUGAUAUACCCGCCGAGGUUGUGGGCAAGCCAUCUCCAAACUUUUUUAUGUCCGCUUUGGCAGAAAUGGGUGUCAAGCCAGAUGAGGCUCUCAUGGUUGGAGAUGAUCUAGUGAAUGACAUUGGUGGAGCUCAGAGCUGUGGUAUUCGAGCUGUUCUCGUACGGACUGGAAAAUACAGACCUUCUGAUGAAAAGCAUCCUGAUGUGACCGCCAAUGGAUACGUGGAUAAUUUAGCCCAGGCAGUAGACUUGCUACUUUCAUCUCAGGGGUCUCAUCUAUGACCUGGAUCCUUUGUCACCUUGCCAGAUCUUAUGUAUGUGUGCUAUGUAAUAAGACACAUAACAAACUAAAAA